AAUGAGCAGAUCGGCUGCUCCCCUCCCAGACCCUGCCUAGCGAGCGGGGCUAGGCGGCAACAGUAAGAGCGCCCAGCGCCCUCCCUGAAGGCAGCCCGGCAGGAACCCGAGCUCAGCUGGCCGCGAGGAUCCGACCUGCGAGGCUGCUCAGCUGGUGCCGGCGUUCGGACGCUUCCGCGAGCUCAGCUGGUGCCGGCGUUCGGAGGCUGCAGCGCUCCGUGCCGAGCGGAUUAAGACCUCCCCCCACGCCUGUCUCCUGCAGCUCGCAACUUCGCCCAGGGGCCGGUCCCGCUCCUGGGCACUGAUUAGCGGGGGGCGUGCUGCGGUCCCUGGCUUGGCUCUGCCCCCGGGGGGAAUGUGGAAAUGGCCGGUGACAGGAGCCCUGGGGUCUUGAGCCGGCAGCGUUUCGGGUUCUUGCUGCUAGCUGCGGCAGCGGCUACUGGGCUGUGCGGCGGGGUCUCUGCAGUCAAGUCUCCCAGCUGCCACGAAGUGCGGACGGCGUUUCAGAUCCGGCAGAUUGGCCCCCUCAAGCUGGUUCCCGAUGUGCCCACUGCCGAAUCGGAUUUGCAGAUCUGCCAGCACAGAGCACCAACCUGUUGCACUAAGAAGAUGGAAGAAAGUUACCAGACAGCUGUUCGGAGAGAGAGGACUCACAACAUCCAGGCCUUGAACUUUGAACUGAAAUAUAUGAUAGUUGGUCAUAUCACAGCUUUUCAAGAGGCCUUUGAGUCAUUGCUUCGCUUUGCAGAGAAUCACACAACCUCCCUGUUUGAGUCAGCUUACAGAACCAUGGCAAAAGAAGCUACAGAGCCUGUCAAAGAACUUUUUACAGACCUCUCUCUGUAUAUUUUGGGUGCUGAGACUACAGUGGAAAAUGCAGUUUUACGGUUCUUCGACAGUCUCUUUCCUUUGGUUUACAGUCGGCUAAUAAAUCCUGGAAUUAUAGAUUUAUCAGAGGAAUAUACCGAGUGUCUACGACUAACAAGACAAGACAUAAAUCCCUUUGGACGUUAUUCUAAAGAAGUGGUUACAGAGCUGUCAAAAUCUCUUUGGGCAAGUAGGAUGCUAAAUCAGGCCCUCAAUAUGGGCAUUGAAGUGAUAAAUACAACUGAACAUGCCGCUCUUACAAAGGAAUGUAGCAAAGCACUAGUGAAGAUGCAGUACUGUCCACAUUGCCAAGGACUGACACUAAUCAGACCUUGUGUGGGAUAUUGUCUAAAUGUAAUGCGAGGCUGUUUGGCCAGUGUGUCUGAGCUGGAUACUCAAUGGAGGGAGUAUAUCUCCACACUGGAAUAUCUGACUAAUGAAAUGGCUGGGUCACAUGAUCUGGAACUUGCACUUCUGGGAAUCAGGAAUUCAAUCAAUGAAGCCAUCCUGCAUGCACAAUUGAAUGGGCCACAACUCUCUGCCACAGUUGACAAAGUGUGUGGCCAGCCCCAAGAAAGAGAAGCAAAACCUUCACCAGAUAAUAUAGUGCAAGCAAAGGAUGCGUCUGAAACGCAGGCUCUCACGAUGGCUCACUCUGCUAAUCUAAACAAUAAAAGGAGUUCUCUGCCUCUGAAAGCUUCAAAGAAUGACAAAUCCAGAAGUUUGAAAAAAGUCUCUCGAGAGUUCAUCAACUACAUGAAACGAUCCCGAACCUUUUAUGCCUCUAUAGCAGAAAGGCUGUGCGAUGGGGACCUGGUGAUGCGGGACAGCUCGACUUGCUGGAAUGGAGAGGAUGUUGUGGAAAGUUACACCAGCAGAGUUGUUUCCAAUGGACUGAAGGCACAAAUUAAUAACCCAGAAUUGAAAGUCAAAGGAUUAGACCCUCUCAUCAGUCAUUUAAUUGACAAACUUCAUCAUUUUAACCAGCUGGAUACAGAGAAGACAAAAUUGAAGUUGGAACGAUGGGCUUCAAGGGAAAGUGGCAGUGGGGGCGGGAAAAGUGAAGCAAUGGAAUCAAGCGGGGACUGUGACGAUGAGGAUGGAUGUCAAGGAUCUGGUGACAGAAUUUACACAACAGAUGUACUCAAAGAAAAGAAGGCCUAUUCGGAAGAUAGGAAUGAACCAAAACCAACUGUGAAAAAGAUUGACACCACGGCCACCACAACCACAAUCAAGUCAUCUUCUAAACAUGAUCUAGCCGGAAAUGUGGGCAAUCUAGCCUCCAGUUCCUCACUUUUCAUUGUAACAGCAUUAGCGAUUUUGUGGCACUGUCUGUCGUAGCUGCAUUGUAUUGCAACAACUGUCGAAGAAUUUCUGUCCAUUGUCAUUUAUACCUUCAGCCUUACCCAACGGAAAACAAAGUUAAAUGGCUCUCUAAUAUUAUAUGGUAUGUUAGAAUGAAUGCUUAAAAAAAAAAGGCUGAGAUUGGCUGAUAGUGAUUGUCAGCACUUACACUGUGUCUGAAGAAGGUCCUUGAUAAUAUCUUAUCCAUUCAAGAUAUAAAGGGAAUGAUGACAGGGGAUCUGAGUAGUUUAAGUUAUUGGGGUAGAAAUAAUUAACACUAAAAUUGUAAAUUACUGUAUUGGCAUUUUUCCCAUUAUACUCACUGGGUAAUCUCACUGGUUGUUUCUGUUUGUUAAAUUCUUGCAAUAAGUUCAAAUGAACGAUCAUUCUUCUGGUGCAAGUUAAUACAUAUGGUAUUUCUCUAGUGAACAGCUAAUAACCUAUGUCUACAGUGGUGAACGAUGUCAAGUGAAAUACUCUCUACUAGUUUCAUAAAGUUCCUAAGUGGCCAAGAAGAUAAGAGCAUGUUUGACCCUUUUGUUUUCGCUCUUACUGUUUAGAUUUUAGGACACAAUAUAAAAAAGCAUAUGGUAUGUUUGUAAUGUGUAAGUAUAGUUGCCUUUACCAUUUAAAAAAUUUUUAGAAACACUUAACGUUUUACUGAGGCAUAUAGACAAUGAGUUUCCCUGCUGCACAAAACUUCAUUACCAUAUGCUCAAAGCUUACUCGAUGAAUGUCUGACAAAGGGAAACAUAAGUAAACAUUAUAAUGUUUUAAUCAGCUGAAUGCAGUUAUAUAUGAAAAAAGCUAAUUUAGUUCAAACGUAUUUUACCUGUUUCCUAUUGGAAAGGACCUUGUUUCCAUCUAGGUGUCAGAGAUAUAAAGUGUUCGGAUUCCACUUACCCAAAAAGUGGUCUCCAUGAAUUGUAGACCUCUAUAGUACAAUAUGUUUCAUAAACCAUGUAUUAUUUAAUUAUGUUUACUAUUUUAAAUUUUGCUAUCACAAUAGAAGUAAAUGUAAAACAAUGUGAAAUCUAGAACAACAUUAUCAGUCAUUUCUCACUUUGAUUUUCUAUACCAGACAGUGUCAAAAUCUUCAUUUUAUUGUGAUGAGAAUUUUUGAUUUAAAUCAAGGCAACACUGAUGUGUUUUGAAACUAUGAUGGAAAGGUACUAUGAUGUAAUUAGAUGCGUUGAGAACUAAUAUGUGUAUUUUCUGACAACUGUAUUUAUAGUGCCAUUGAAAAUAUAUACAUACGAUACGGUAUGAGUACAGUGAUUAAUGAUAAAUAUAUGAAGCUUUGGGAUUGUUAUCACAUUUACUUAAUUUCAUAACCAUUUCCACCAUUUAAUGGCCAUUUUCAUGCUGCAGGCUAUGAUGAUAAGAUUUAAUGUAAAAACAUUUGCCUUUAAUUUUUUUUGAGUGGGGGGGAGUAAAACAUCUCUCUCAGCACUUAGAUUUAUACAAGCACUGACAUUGAUUCAAGAGACAAACCGUAUAUCAUAUCAACCAAGUUCUGGGUGUGACAGUAUAGAAUAGGAGAGCAGGAUGUCAUUGUACUUGUGUGUUCAUGUGGUGUUAGCAAAAAUUACUAAUUAGCUCUAUAUUCGCAAAGGAGGGGAUUUGACAUUUUUGCAUUUGGUCUUUAUAAAUGUGUAAGUGCAUAACUGUAUAAGCAAAAGCAUUCACAUGUAGAAACUGAAAGUGGUCACGUCAAGCAGAGUCGCAUUCCAAUUCUUUUAAUGCUGGAAAAACAAUCUGGCACCACCAAGACAAAAAGGAAUAAGAUGCUUAGAGCAUUAUCAUGAAAUGUUCAGUGUUAGAAUUCUGACUUUUCAACAUGUUAAUGAGUUAAUACCAUUAAGUAGUGAGUUCACAUUGUAUUAAUGAGAAUGAAUCUUGCAAACAUAGUAUGAAAGUUGCUGUCUACAAAUUUUCAGAGUUCACUGAUACAGUAAAUGAACAGCACCAGCCUAUGCAGGCAUACAGUAAAAUUGCCAUUUAUGCACAUUUUUACAGCCCUUGAGUCCUUUUAGAAAAGUGUACAUUCACAUGGCAGUUAUGCAAGUUGUUCCUUUUGUACCUUGAAGUGAUUUCCUAAUUCUUUACCGUUUCACAGGACCAGAUGGGAUACCUGCCUUUAGACAGCUGUAUCCGUGAUUAGGCACCUAAAUAUGACCAAUGGGUACCCAAAUGCUGAUUUAGACACCUAGGGCAAGAUCCUCAGCUGGCAUAAAUCAGCAAAGCUCCAUUGAAGUCAUUCACAGAUGUACACCAGAAGAGGAUCUGGCUGUUAAGUCAGUAUUUUCAUAGUUGGGAACCUAAAAAUCAAUAUUUAGGUGAGUAUAUCAGCACUUGAAUAUCUCAAAUGUGUAUUUAUGUGCCAAAGUAUGGAUCUGGGUCUCUGUGUUUUGAAAUUGGCUCUCCCAAAUUCCAGAUGUGCAACUUCUAGUUUGUGAGAGAGUUUGAACAUCCACCCGUACUGGAAUCUGCUUUUUGAGAAUUGUGCUGUAAGAGUCAUUGUGCUACUGGAUCAGACUACAGCGCUCCAUCUAGCCUAGUAUCAUAUAACCAAGAGUGGCCAGUAUCAGUACAUCAGAGGAAGGUGCAAGAAACCCUGCAGUAGGCAAUUAUGAAAUAACCUGCCCAAAGAGAAAUUUUCUUCCUAAUCCCCAUUAGCUAGAGGUUGGUAUAGACCCUGAAUGAUAGUCUUGCUAAACUGAAAGAUUAAAUAUUUUAAUCUUUAUUUUGGUUUAUAAAUUUCCACGUGUCUAUUGUAUUACACAAGACAAUAGUUAAUCCAGCCCCUUUCAAACUAACCAGACUAAAAUAACACUGCACAAACUGUAGGGAGAAAGAUUCAUCAACUCACUUCAUUGGAUUCAACCCAUAUUUUAAUAAAUACAGAUGAGUACGGGGGAGGAAAGGGGAAGAAGAUACUAUGGAGAGCUCAACAUCAAUACUUUUCACAUUAACAUAACUAGAACAUCUCCUACUGCAUUUAACAAUUUAAAGAGAGUAAAGGUCAAACCAGCAUGUAACAUGGUCAUAGUGUACAUCAGAAAUAUGCUGCAGCUUUAAAGACAUAAUAGGAUAUUGUAUCUAACACAUUAUGAAGCAUUUUUUCUUCACAGGUGAGUUGGAGCUGAGUAUCAAAUUCACAUCCAAAUAAGGCAAAAAUAAAUGAUCAAAUCCAACAAAGGGAGUAUAUCUUUUCAGAUGAAAAAUGAGAUGUAAACGUAGUUUUGCCAAGCAAUUAUGAAUUUUAUUUAGCCAGUGCUCUUUUAUGUUUAUUGUUUUGAUAUAAUCUGUUUUUGCAAUAUCCAGUAUUUGUGAAUGCAAAGACAGGCACGGCGAGAGCUUGCUCAUUUGUGGGUUAAAAUGAGUCUGCUGAGGGUUUUGUUUGUUUUGUUGGAGUUUUUUUCCAUAGCAAUGUGUACUUCUUAACAUAGAGAGCGAAACUGUCUGAUGUGGUGUCGUCGCUUUGCACUGCACCACUAGUCUAUCCUGGGCCAGGGAGGGUAACCCCAAUGUAAAGGUUAUGCUCCUGUUAGGGAGGAUCUUCCCUGCAUAAGGGAGAUGCUCCUGAUAGCAUUGAGCCAGCAGAGAGGUUUGCAUGUCAUUCUCCCUCCAGGCAGAGAGAAAAGUGGGUGUGGUGGUUGGAGGAAAUGGUGUGUGGCUGAGAUGCCAUGCUGAUCCUCUGCUGUGUUUUCAACCUCCCUGGGGCUGCUAAAGCCCUGCUGAAGUGAGAGCAGCCUGAAGGUAGAGGGAGAGUGGCCCUGCAAACAGUUGCAGCAGGAUUUGCAGAUUGCAAAGGUACACAUUAAGGCCACUUUAUGCUCAUAUGCCAUUACUUGCACUCUGUGCAAUUUACCGCACCCCAACAUCUGGCCCAUAAUUUCUAGUCUACAUAUUGCAACAGUGAGACGUAUUUUCAAGUACACAAGCUAUUGUAUCAUUGCAUAGAGAAAUUUAGGACUCUGGCUCAGUAAUGAAUCUUUAGAGGUACAAAUAGUAUCUGUCUGAGCUUUAUAAGGGCUGCACAGCAAUAAUUAUCUACUGCCACAUUUGUUUCAGAAGAUCUGUGUAUGGGGAUUGGGUAAGAUUUCCGUCUCUCUCCAUAUGCUGCAUCUGGUCUGUUGUUAACCCAAGUCCAUUUUCCCCAUGUGUAUAGAGCCUUAUUUUAACUGUUACAAGCGUUAUAACCCUGGUUCAGCAAGCCAUUCUUAUUUAGCACAGCACAUGCUUAACUUUAAGUAAGUCCCAUUCAUAUCAAUGGAAUUUAAGCACGUUUUUAAGUGUGGUAACUGAAUAGGAAUAAACAGCAAUAAGCAAAGCUCCAAGUUUGGCUGAAAUUGGCUGAAUUGCACAUAACUAAUAUGUGGGUGAAAUUUCACCCCUGUCAGAGAGCCCCCAUAAGGCCUAUGUACUGUUUAAAUAGGGGGGAGGGAUAGCUCAGUGGUUUGAGCAUUGGCCUGCUAAACCCAGGGUUGUGAGUUCAAUCUUGGUCCUGCUAGUGAGGGCAGGGGGUUGGACUCAAUGACCUGUCUUUGGGGUCCCUUCCAGUUCUAUGAGAUAGGUUUAUCACCAUAUAUUAUAUUAUUUUAUUAUUAUUAUUCACUCAAGCUGUGCAUAAGCCUUUGCUCAUCCUCCCUGCACAGAGGCAGAUUUCACUCUGAAUAGGAAAUAUCAUCUGCAGUAUAAUAUAUUUGCCAUCAUCUCUCAUAAUAUCAUUAUUGAAUUUUCAUAUAACCUAGGAAUAGUAUAUGCUUGAGUCACAUAGUGUCUACUGCAACACUGUGCUCUUAGGGUUACUGCUUUUAGUGGCACAUGGCAUGUCUGUCAAUGAGCCGUGAAAGGUGAAUCAAAACUUGGCUUUUUUAGCUGUGGCAUGCUCCCAUCAAAAAGAGAAACAAACAAAAAACCACACACCUGCCACAGUGAUAAUGUUAGAUUAGCUAUUCCAUCUCCACAAAAGUCCAGAAUUCUUCCCAAUCAUACAUUCUCCAGCAUUUUGUCCUGUCAAUUCUAAUGAUUAAAUUUUAAUUUGAAUUAAAUAUUAAGACACUAAAAAAGUAAAAAUAUAUAUAUAUAUAGCCCAAGAUAGAAAGUGGGCACACUUAAAAUUCAUUCUGGUUAUAGAGAUUAUAGAUUUCAGAAUGGUUUCCUGGACUUCAAAUGGGGAACACUGCUAGACUCACUAAUAUCUCUAGAAUUGGACCAAAUUUUUGAAAUGCACUGAGAGUAUAUCACAACAUAAUGUGUAUGUGAGAGUCUAAUUCAUUGGACUCAGAAAGAAGUAUAGAAAUAAUGGGUGCAUUAGAUUUCUUACUUAUGAAAGCUAAUAUUUCUUACUUCUGAUCAAAGUGUGCCCCCUUUUUUGGAUUUUAGAGCAGGUAUUUGCAUCCAACUUGCUCAAAUGUCUUUUGAAAGACAGCCUUACCCCAAUGCUGCUACAGUUCUGAGAGGAGACUCCAGGACACAGCUGAUGAGCCACAUUUUUGUGCUGCACCUUUGUGACUGAGAUUAGUAUCAAGUCCUUACAAUGGCACAGUAUUGAACAUUCUGGGUUUUAUUAACAUAUUAGAAUGGCUGUUACUCUACAACAGUAUGAUUUUCAUUUAUAUAUGGACAUACACUAACUGAAAUCUAUUGGUGCUUUUUAUGCAAUACAGAAAGUGCUUCAUUAGAUAGCAGGUAUCAACUGCUAAUGUUCUCAUAUCUGUGCAAAAUGCCUUGCACAAGUUCUACAGUUUGCACUUUAUCAUUAUAGUUAAUCUUUAGUAAAUUGCCCAAUACUUUGUAAUUAUAAUAUUAGCAUCUAAUUUAACACCAUCUUUAAAAAAUCAUUUGUUGCAUAAUAUAAGCAAUUAACAUUUAUUCACUUUGUCUGUAAUAGGGAUAUAUAAUUUAUCCAUAAUGGCCUUUCUGUGCACCUAAUUAGAACCUGGUUGAAUUAUUCUACAAGCUAUGGCCAUUUAAUUUGACCAGUAAUGUACUGCUAGUUUUAUAAAUUCCUUGCAAAUAUACACUUGUAUAAUUACUUUUCAGCUAAGUAGAAAACAAUGUUUUCAUAUAUCUUCUGGGUUUACAUGGUAGGCUUUUAGGCUGCAAUAACAAGAAUAGGUACUGACAUUUUUCAUGCACUUUAAAAAUGGAAUUAGUCAGAUACCUCUUUCCCAUAAUUCAUUACAGUAUAUCGGAUUUAUAGCCUGCUUUAUUCUGUAAUGAAAAAGAAAGCAAUGAGACAUCAAGAACAUAUCUCCUAAUGAAAUUCUGUAUCUGCAUAUUCAUAUGUUAGGAAGUUCUGCUGAUCAGAGACUAUAUCAAAAGUGUUGCAAUACUGGAGUGUCAAGGAUAUGAUGUUAAAUUUGUGGAAAUUGGAUCAAACUGAUUAAGUGACAUAAGUAAGUUUUUAGCUAGCUAUAUUUUCUAUUUAAAUGUGCAGUAAAUUGAGCAAGAUCACUUGGUCUUUCAAGAAAGGAGAUUUGAGACAAACUUUUCAGCAAGAAUGCCAACAUUAGACAUUUGAUUUACUUAUUUCAUAAAUGUUGUGGUAGCAGAGGUUCUGAGGCUUUUCCAUGUGUUUGUGAGGCCGACUGUUAGGAAGGGGCCAGAUCCCCUCCACUGGCUUCAGGGGAGCUAUGCCAGUUUACACUGGCAAAGGAUCUGGCCCAAGAACAUAAAAUCCUUCCCAAAGAACAGAAUCUUAUUUCAGGCACAAUUCUGAUCUUAUAUUAUGGAAAUUCAGAGUAACUCCGUUGACUACAAGUCUCGCUGUUUUCGGUUUUAUACUGCCACCCAUCUCUACAGUAUAUCAGCACCUUCCCCAUAAAAUCAAUAGCAAUAGCCACAUGGGGAUACUUAGAAAAAUUAAUCUGAAUUAUUUAACACUGCGAAUUUAAAAUGAAUUCAAUUUUCUUGCAUUAAAUUCCUGUUUAGAACCUAAACCAAAUUAAGGCCACUUAUUUCUGAACGAGAGUACCCACACAGGGGUUUAAUGCAGUUUAACUAAUCCACUUUAAAUUCACACCUUUAAUUAAUUCGGAUUAACUUUCCAGAAUCCUCUUGUAGACAAGUCAAUAGAAUCUCUGAUACUUCUACCUUUUGGGGGUUAAAACUCGGCUUGGGAUAGAAGUAGAGUAUUCAUAUUGUGAGCGUCACUCAUGGUGGAAAAGAACAGGAGUACUUGUGGCACCUUAGAGACUGCCACAAGUACUCCUGUUCUUUUUGCGGAUACAGACUAACACGGCUGCUACUCUGAAACCUGUCAUGGUGGAAAAGUUCUCUCAAAGAAGAUUUUGCAGCAUUUCCUAAAGACAGUCAGACUGGAUUUGCUUGAUCUCCUCUGGAAGAUUGUUCCAUAACCAGAUCUACUCGACAAAGAAUGUUUUGUCCCAAGAGUUCAUAUACUUCAUUCUGGACUUUGUGACCUGCAUUGUCCCAUAGGAACACAGCGGUCACAGAUCAAAAUCUGGUCUUUGAUGUAGCUGGGGGGAUUGCUCUAUUAUUGUUUUGAAAAGUAGGACCAAGGUCUGAUGUACUCAGAGUAGCCUAAACCAUGGAGAUGGUGGGUAUCCGCAUUCUGUACCAGUUGGAGCUUGCGUAUCUUCACAUUCAACUUCAGAUACAAGGAGUUACAGUUGUCCAGCCCGGUUACAGUAAUCCAGCCCUGAGAUAACAAAUGGAUGGAUUGCUGUGGCCAGCUCUUCAUCUAGGAGGAAGAGAGAAAUUUUCCUAGCAAGCUGGAGGUAAAAAAAAGGCGUUUUUAGAAAUUGAUACUACCUGGUCAGCCAAGUUUAGUGAGGAGUGAAACAGGACCCUGGGGCGAACACUACUUCGACAUGGAUUCCACUGGCUACAAUGAUUUACACUGGUACCACCUGAAAUCAGAAUCUGGCCUGAAAGAAGAUUGUGCAUUUUGGGAAGGGUUUCAUUUUAAUACGAAACUGAGUCAAAUUCUGCCCACUUGACAGGAAAGGGAGUGUCCAUACAUGGGCUAUUUUCUGUCUUUGAAAAGAGUGAUGAGACAGCUCAUGCCCUAUGGAUGAUGAAACAUCUAUGUGCAAAACACUUAGACAAGUUUCAUAAACAGUACCCAAGAGAAGCAGUAAUAAGACUUUUCUUGUUGUUCUCUAAUUGGAAAAUAAAAACAUUCAUUUGACUGGAGCUUUUCUAAUUCCAUGUUAGCGAUGAAGAAUGGAUGGAACAUAUUCCACUACUUUCCAAAUGUUUACUGGAAAAGGCUGAUGUAGCAGCAAUACUAUAUAAAGCAUUUAUUGUACCUCAUUUAUUAUAUGGGACAAUACUAGAAUAAAAAAUAGAAACCAGUAUACUAAACCUGCAAUAUACAACCAUUUAUUGUAUUUACUGUACUUUAAUAUAUCAAAACUAAUAUGGUAUGAAUGUUUACAAUACACCAGGAGUAGAAGUUACAAUAAAAAAUCCUGCUUUGUUAUUUAGGCCUUUAAAAAAUUAGCUUAUGGUCUCUUGGUCUUCUUUAGUUCAUCUUCCUUUAUGGAAACAUUUACAUUUUUAUUUUACAUUAAUUGUAUUGUGUGUAUUUUAAGCUCCAAAGUAGAUUGUUUUGGCCCUAAGCUAUAUUCAAACCCUAGUAACUAUUCGCAUUAGCUGAGCACUUGUUUUGUUUUCAAAAUUUUUGCUUGUAUUUGAUUGAAUUAACUCAUCAACUUUCUCCAGUUUGUUUUCAGUACUGAACCUGAAAAAGAGUUUUUAAAAAGCAGUCCAGAAUCAUUGGCUUAAUAAUAAUCAGCAAGGAUACUUUGAGAAAUUGUAAUAAAUGGUGUGAUUUGUAAAGGACAGUGAACUGUGAAUGGUAAUAAAAAUACAUUAUCCACAACAGGAUCUUGUGUCCUCUAUUUGAAUUGUUUGUAACUUUUUUCUGGAUAUUUUUCAUCAUCUUUAUUGUAAGUUACAGAACUGAUAAAAUCUAAAAUAAAAAGAUUUUAACCUCUUUA